AUGCCGCCGCCGUCGAUGAAGCAUCAGCGUCCCUCCGCGCUUCCGCCUCUGCCUCCGCCUCCGCUUCCGAGGAUGUCUCCCUCGCCGGCGCCGGCGCGGCCCUCCUCUGCAGCAGGUGCUGCUGCUGCUGCUGGAGCAGCUGCCUCUGCAACAUUUGCUGCUGCUGCUGCUGCAAAAUCAUCUGGUGGUGGUGGUGGCGGCGGACCGCCGGCGGGUUGUAAAACCUAUCGCCGCUCUGCCUUGGCGGCGGCGGAGGCGCCGCCGCAUACCCUCCUCUACUCGACAUCUAAGAAACUCCGGGAUUUUUCAACCUCGAUUGACUCGGAAAACAAUCGAAAUGAGCACCGAGUUGAUUUGACGAAAUUGCCCCCGUCAGUAGUCUCGAUUGUGCCGCACGCGCCCUUUCGCUUUGAUCGAUCCAAGUAG